CUGUCAGCGCCGGCCGGUGGCAGCACAAGACGUGCCAUUCGACAACACUCUACCCCAUGUGGCCAUUGCCAUUGUAGCGCCAACGAAUACCGCGAUUCAGUCUCCACCAUCGUAUCUCUAACUUUACUGAGUCGCACCCACGCCCGCACCACAGCCACCAAUCUCUCUCUGCCCACUCGCGGCUGUCCCAGGCAUCAUGGCUCGCGGCGACCGCGGACCCAAGAAGUUUUCCUUCCCACUGCCUCGCCGCUCGCGAUCCAAACUUGACGUCCACGACGUCCACCCUGCCCCAUCGAUACCCUCUGGCCCCGAGAGGCCCUCCCGUCACGAAGAUACGUCCAGCAAAGCACAUCGAGUACUGGGCACGUCCGAUGCCCUGCAUCGCUCGACAUCAAGACAGUCGACAAUCCCACCAAGUCCUGGUUACAUGUCCAUUACCGUAUCCGAGGCUAGUUUCGGCUCUCACAUCGACGAGAGAAACUCGCAAACAGCCACGGAGAACAGUGGACACCCGAAACGACCCAGCAUGUCAAAACGACCAUCGUCCAACGUCCUAGGACGCACCUAUACUGGAGAAAGUAGGCAGGGCUCUGACAACGGUUCCGUCACUCACCGGCUACACCCACAAACGUCCAACUCGACCCUGAGAUCGCACUACGACGCGAAGAGUUCACCCCUGUACAUCUCACAGCAAACCUCCGAUUCGGCAGUCCGAGAUAGAGCGUUACGAAGAGGACAGCCUCCGGUAUUGACGGACCAUGGUUACGACAACUAUGAUGCCAGUCCAAUGUCGCCUGCCAUCCUGGAUGAAACGAGGAAGAAGGAAUACCGAAAAAGCAAACCUGCCCGCCUGGAUCUGUCCAAACUGUUCCCCAAGCCCAAGGACAACAGUGAUGGACCCAACUAUGGUACAUUGCUUUCGCCCACCAAGAUGGUGAACUCACCGGCUGCCAUGUCCAUGAACUCGGAGUACUUCCCUCACCCAAUGACGAGGCACCCGACACCACAAGCAGGACCUGCCAAGCUGCAGAAGCCUAACGUGAAGUAUCAGAAUCCUCCAACAAGGACUCCCCCAAGUCCAGUACGCAAAGUCAAGCGGGAUCAAUAUGACAAUGCGAAAAUACAUGUACGACGACCACCAAAAGGCGUGCAGCAUUGGUUUGAUGCGCUCGACGAGGAGAGCGAAGACAGCCAGGCGGAAGAAACACAGCAGCCACAUGACGAUGCUAUAUAUUCAGAUCUCAAACCUGUUGUGCCAGACCAUAGCUAUACCGCUGGUGAGCCCUCGCGAGGCAGAAGUGCAUCAAACUACAGUCGUCGAUCGCAGGAUCCCACACCAGCGUACAAACGGGACAGCUUCGCGCUCGAGGACAUUGUUGACAUUACUCAUCUAACCUCACCUAGCCAGUACUCAGUAGACACGUAUCGAACGUAUUCUACGUCAAAGACUAAAGAGUCUGCCCUUUCCAAGACCAACCUUAAAGACUCUAGCGUCUUGUCUUUUUCGUCAUCUGAAGACGAGAGCGACAACCGGUCACGAUCUCGCAAGGGCAGCGUUCGCAAGAGCUUGGACAGUGGCGACUACACAGGGGAGAUUGUCAUUGGACGAGCACAGGCAUAUGAAGUUCGCCCACACCGUCGUGGGCAAUCAUCUGGAAAGAUGAGCACACUCUCGACAUCUACAACGGCCACCAUGGAAGUGAUGUACAUGCCGGAGCCGCCACCUCUCCCAUCGUAUCAUUAUCCUCGAAACAGUACUCACAGUGGUGGUAGACGGAUAAGCCACGUGAGGCAGCCUUCGGUCAUUCAUGAACACGAAGAUUCCCGCCCACAGACUGCUGUUACCACACCAGUGUCACCUACGGCACAUAGCGUUGUGAGUGCGCGCACGUCAGCAAGUGCGCCGCAGCCCCAAUCGGAAGGGUCGCGCAAAUAUAUGCAAGUGACGGCAGAAGAGGAGGCUUUGCUGGAGCUGAUGAGAAAGAAACGCGCAGCUAUGAACAAACAGAGCGCAUCGCAGGCGCCCACACGGGAACAAGAGAAGCAGCUCAAGCCGGCAGCGGAAAGGUCUCCACCACACCGCACGUCCGCCUUUCUUUCAACAGAUUCUCGGGAGUCAAGUCAUGUAAGAUCCACUGAGACCAGGUCCAAGCACCGGGCAUCUGCAGGUACAUCUUCGUCGCUUGCGCCAUCACGUGGCAGAUCCUCGACGACUGAAAGCCAGGCAACUACCAGCCAACUCCGCGAUAGUUCCGUAAGCGACACAUGGUCAGACCGCAACUACUCUCCUGCUAGUCGAGGAAGGCUGCCGCACCACUUCCCAAUGCCCUCCGGGUUUUCACAAGUGGAUCCGUUCCCGCCUACGUCCCCAACACUUGCUGCUAGCAUAGCAUCACCCACGACUACUGACCACCCAUCACCUCUACCCUCGCCAAUGACGCCCGCACUUUACACUGACGACCAGGACGUAGUCAAGGUGGCGAGCAGUGAUACCAGUAACGAGCUUGAGGAAUUCCCUAUGCUCGAUCAAGGUGUCAUUAGUUCACCGCCAGAGAGAAUGAAAGAUGAACCAUUCCAUCGCCGCAGUAGGACUGCAUCCAGUCCCACGGCAAUCUCAUUCCCGGUACCUCCCACGUCUACUGGUUUUAGAGAUUUGGCCCCAGUCUCUGAAGCCUCGUCUCGUGCUCCUAGCAUCGUCGAGCCACCAGUCCCGAAACCCUCAAAGAAGGUCGCCCGACACAUAAGUGAACUGGCGCUCGCGGGCGCCGAAACGCGAAAUCGACAGAGCAGCAUUCACUCUACCGGAUCACGUACGUCUGUCUACUCACAAACGUCAAGCUACUACAAGAGCGCUAGCACAAGAAGAUCACGCCACCUGAGUCCAGAUGACAACAUCACGAGUAGCCCAAGGAUGACGAGUAACGAUCGCGACAGCGUCAGUGACGAUGUUCUGGCUGCCUGGAACAGUUUAGGAGGGACCUACUAAACCUCCGCAUCGCUUUCUUCCUUUUGUCUCGUCACACUGCAUUACCACACUAUGAUACGAUUCCUUUCUAGCAUUUACAUUAUUCCACUUUCUGCGGUAUGAUACCCCCGCAUCACACGUUUCCGCCGCUUUCUAGCUCGGCCUACUUAACUUGUAAACCUAAAGUCGCCAUUUGCUACACGAUUUUCUAUGUCGCUUUUUUCACUGCAUUGCGUUAUCU